AUGCUAUGCCAUGAUGUGCGCCGGUUCUCCUUAUGUUUCCAUUAUCCAGGCUGUUCGGAACAAGUCGCCGCUGCGAUGUGCGAGCAGACGUGCAAUCGAGACGCAAUGUUGGUCUGUCGAAGGACUAUGACGGACGAUGAUCUGCAACAAGAGCAGAGUUACAUCACAGAAGCUUCAUCAAUUUCUCAAGCUUAUACUUUUGGAGGCGAUGAGACGUGUGAGGACUUCCGUAAAGUUCUUGCUAAGUUGGUGCGAUUUCGUGGUGAUUUCUGUGGUGAUCUGUCGAGAUGCACUUGUAGUGAAACGCGAUGGGAAGCGCCAACAGUACGCUGUGGACUCGAUUGUGAUCGGAUCUGGAGGGAAAGCCUUCUGUCAGAGUCGGCUGCACAGAAAGCCGUAACUUAUUUGAUUGUUCUAUCUUUGAUUCGAGUGUUCAUAUGGUAG